AUGACGUACAGCAGCGAUCAAGGCGGCGACUCGUCGAUGGUGGCGGCAGGCGAAGCGCCCCGGGAGAACACUCCGGUCGUUCAGCAAGCGUACUACGAGCAGAUCACCUCGGGCGCGGUGCAGAGCAGUCCCGUCCUGAGCGCCACCUACCAAAGCACCACCUACCAGAAUGGUCCCACUUACCAAAGUGGGCAGAAUGGCAUUACCUACCAAAACGGCACUACCUACGAAAACGGCGCUACUUACCAGUCGAGUAGCAUCAUGCAGUCUGGCACCCGGCAGGCCCUGGCCCAGCCGUCUGGGGCGCAGCAGCAAUCGGGCAAUUACCAGAACGGCUCUCUUGCCUACCAGACGGGCACCACCUACCAGAGUGGAACUGGCGCUGCCUCCUCCGGCGCGUACCAGACCGGAUCUGCGAACGUUCUGGCUUCUAGUGGCAUGAACGCUACGGGCUUGGCCACGGGAAUGACGACUGGUUCCGCUGGCUACCAAACUGGCACCGCCUACCAGACGGGAGCCACCACAACCACCUCCUCCACAACCUACCAGACCGGCACUGGCGCGGCUUACCAGACAGGCUCCGGCACCGCUUACCAGACAGGCUCCGGCACCGCUUACCAGACAGGCUCCGGCACCGCUUACCAGACAGGCUCCGGUACCGCUUACCAGACAGGCUCCGGUACCGCUUACCAAACAGGCUCUAACACCGCUUACCAGAGUGGUUCCGGCAACGCUUACCAGACGGGCUCUGGCAACGCUUACCAGACUGGCUCCACCUCUUACCAGACUACGGGCGGCUACAAGCAGGUGGGCCGGGAGGAGGUCACGUCGGUUCGUCAAACGACGGGGGCCACACGUAUUAUUAGUGAGCGCAUUGUAGAGCACGAAGUGGUGGUGCCGAAGAAGAUUAUUCGCGAGGACGUCGUGGAGAAGGUCAUUGUGGUGCCGGAGAAGAUUAUCCACGAGGAGAUGCGGGAGGAGGUUCAGAAGAUUCGAGAGAAGAUUAUCGAAGUCGCUGUUCCGGUUAUCCAGGAGACCGUGGUGGAGAUCCCAGAGAUUGAGUAUGUGGAGAAGGUGAUCGAAGUCCCCGAGGUGGUUCCGAGGGAACGCAUUGUGGAGGUUCCCGUCAUUGAGUGGCAGGACAACAUAAUUGAGGUUCCCGUAAUUGUUACUAAGGAGAAGAUCGUGGAGGUGCCCCAGAUCGAGUACCGCGACGUGCCCUACGACACUGUGGUCGAGGUCCCCGAGAUCAGGGAGAACGUCGUGUAUGUCGAGGUACCUAAACCUCGGUAUGUGGAUGUCCCCACUCCCGAAUACCGGGACGUCGUAGAAGAGAAGGAAGUGCAACGCACCAUUCCGAUUGCUGUAGAGGCCAUCACCACUUGCCGGUUCAACAUACCCAAAAUUAAGCCCAACUAUGUCAAGGUGGACAUGCCGCUGUUCGUGCCUCGCUUCAUAGAAGUUCCCAUCGCCGUGGAUUCGGUCAACGCCGCCACUCUCUCCCACGCUGAGAAGCUUACUAAGCAGUUGAACGCCAUCGUGCAGAGAUCCACCAUCAGUCUUUGCGAGAUCGAAACUCUCGCCCACGACAUCAAGCAAUUCGAGACAGUCGCUUCUUCCUCCACGGUUGACCAGACGGCUGUCAUUCAGGAGGCCUGGCAGUCCGGCAAACUGGUCGUGGAUCAGAACUCUAUGGCUUACACUCACUAUGAGACCGCCACUCCUCUUAUUCAGUAA